GCGCUCGCUGUCAAUUAUUAAAAGAGACAUGAAUUAUUUUAAAACGUCUGUAUUUAGCGGUAAGUCAUUGCUCUGCCGGCAGGACUCCGCUGGAGUUGGUGCAGUUAUUUCAGCCAAUCAAGCCCAGAGCUCUACUUGACUCAAGCUGCUGCUGCUGCUCUAGGACUUCACGUAACUAUGUCCCAGAAGAGCAGUCCAGGCACUCUGGUCCUCAUGGUUGCUUCUGCAGCCAUCGGAGGAACUCUGCAGUAUGGAUACAACCUGGCUAUAAUGAAUGCUCCCACCAUUUUUAUUCAAGCGUUUAUCAACGAGACGUUCCAGCAGCGAUGGGACAUCCAGUUGCUGGACUACCAAGUAACGCUGCUGUGGACAAUCAUUGUUUCUAUCUUCUCACUGGGGGGGUUAGCAGGAGCUCUUAUUGCAGGACCUAUGACCAUUCGCUUUGGCAGAAAGAAUUGUCUGCUGCUGAACAACAUUUUUCUCAUGAGCGGCGCUCUCUUUGCACUGACAAGUCGGGCUGCCAGGUCGUUCGAGAUGAUCAUUAUCUCACGGGUUCUUAUUGGAAUAAAUGCAGGAAUCAGCAUGAAUGUGCAGCCCAUGUAUUUUGGAGAAAGUGCACCAAAGAACCUGAGAGGAGCCGUCUCGCUGUCCUCGGCUGUUUUCACAGCGUUCGGCGUAGUGUUGGGACAAGUAGUCGGACUCAGAGAGAUUUUGGGAAGCGAGUCGUGUUGGCAGUACCUCCUUGCCAGUAAUGCCAUUCCUGGCUUUAUCCAGCUCCUGAGCCUGCCGUGGUUCCCAGAGAGUCCCAGAUUCCUGCUCAUUGAUCGAGGGGACAAAGAAGCUUGUAUCAAUGCCCUGAGGCGUCUGCGAGGCGGCGAGGUCCAGAGCAGCGAGCUCGAUGAGAUCCUGCAGGAACAGGAUGAAACCAGAGGCCUGAGGCCGAGCCGACCCUGGGAGCUCCUCACCGAUCGCUCUGUUCGCUGGCAGCUCAUCUCCGUCGUCAUCAUCAGCAGUGCCAUGCAGCUCUGUGGAAACGACUCGAUUUACGUCUACGCAUCAUAUGUGUUUAAAGAGGCUGGACUAUCUAAUGAUCAAAUCCAGUAUGUCACCAUUGGUACUGGAACCUGUGAAUUCACAGCGUGCAUUAUGUGUAACCUGCUGAUAGAGCAUGUAGGUCGAAGGUUCAUGUUGAUGGGAGGUUUUCUUCUCAUGGCCAUCUGGGCAAUCGUCUUCACCAUUGCUCUGUUGCUUGAGCACAUUUCCUGGAUGCCUUACCUAAGUAUGGCCUGCAUCUUCACCUAUAUUCUCAGCUUUGGCAUGGGGCCGGCUGGAGUGACUGGUGUUCUCCCCACUGAGAUCUUUAAUCAGACCGCUCGCCCGGCUGCCUACAUGGUCGCUGGCUCCAUGAUGUGGCUCAACCUGUUUGUCGUAGGGAUGAUUUUCCCUUUUCUGGUGAGCGGAUUGAGAGAAUACUGUUUUGUCCCUUUCGCAGUUGUCUGCUUGUCGUCAGCGCUGUAUAUCAGCUUGUUUCUGCCUGAAACAAAAGGAAAGUCUCUGUCAGCCAUCACACAGGAAUUCCACAAGAUCAACUUUAAAGGACACGACAAAAUAUUUGAAUCGCAGACUCAGUAUCAGCAGGGUCAAGCGUGCCUUUCCACAGCCUUUUAGAAGGAUCACUGCUGAAAAACUUUUUAAUGUUGGUUUUACUUUUACUGGGACUUUAAAGUCUGUGCCUUUAAUUUAUAGUAGAUGGUCUGUAUUUGAUAUAGACACUUAACCCACCUUGCCUGCUGGUGGUGGUUGGAGGCACCAGUGGCACCUGUGCUUUGGCUGCAAUGUAGCUCAUCACCAACAGGGUGUGAAUGUGUGUGCAUGGGUGAAUGACUGUGUUGUAAAGUGCCUUAGGGGGUUCUAAGACUCUACAAGGCGCUACAUCAAAUACAGACCACUUACAGGUCAUAAUCAAGACAAAUUCAUUGUUUUUUUUUACUAGCAAAUACUGUAUCUUUGUUGAACAAAUAGAUUUUUUAUGUUUAAUACGUUUUCAAAAGGUCAUUAACAAACAUAGAGCUACAAAAAAAUGUGACAUUGACAACUUUUGUGAUUGUUUUCUCAGGUUGACUCAACAUGGUUGAGAAAACAAAAGAGUUUGUUUAAAUGAAAUGAAUGAGUUGGUGUGAGAGUCUUAAGGUCUUAACUUUUAUCAUCAAAUGCAUACUAUGCAACUUUUUCAUAUUUUUAAAUCAUUUUCUUGAGCCAGUAUGUGCUAAAAUGACCUUUAACGUGGUUCAUGAAAUGUCACAAUAUCACAACUUCAGAGAGCCGGUCCGGUCUCUGCUGGACUUACCGGUGGAGCUGGCAUGCCACGCUGCAGUCUGCUUCCAGCAGUUUCCUGCAUGUUAGAUCAUGAACACAGCUGAUUUGUUUAAUUUAGUGAUAAACUGCUCCUGUAGAAACUAAUGCAGGCUGAGGAGACAUUUCAGCAGAUAGAUUAAAGUGUUUAAAAAUAGGAACGCAUAACAAGGAGAUAAGUUUCCCUUUUAGUUCUACUAGGCGGGCACUAGGGGGUGCUAAAAGCAAGCCAUAACUGCAAAGGAUUAUCAAUCCCACAAGUUAUUGAUCCAUUCUUCUUUCUAAAAAUGAAUAAAAACACCAAACAA